UGAGUUUAACAUUUGAGUUGUACGCAAUUCAACAUGUUGAAAGUAACUUUUGUGCUGGGAGCCAUUCUGGUGGCAUUUGUGGCUGAAUCAAGCUGUCAGCGGUUUAUUAAACCAACAUAUAGACCGCCGAGACAAAGAAAACCUAUCAUACGUAGGGCCCGGGAUGUGGGUGAUGUAAUUUCACUAGCCUCAGAAGUUCCAACACUAAUAGAGGAAUUAGAUUUUCUUGAAAGGACUGUGAGGAGCCUAGACUCGCCUAGUGCGAAACGCGGAGGUGGCAGCCAUUCAAGUUCAUCAAGAGACCAUGAUACCGGAGCCACGCAUCCGGGAUAUAACCGUCGAAACGCACGUAGCUUCGACUCACCCAGCGCCAAACGAGGGAGACGUAGUACACGAGAAAUCAGAUUGCCCGGACAUCUAAAUCCUCUCAGGCCGAAGCCUCUGUAUCCGCGACCAAUUGUUCCAGCACCAGUGCCUCGCAUUCCAGUAUACGCUAGAACUGUUCGUGAUAUUCAAAUCCCUGGAAUAAGGAAGCCAACGCACCGUGACGUUAUAAUUCCGAACUGGAAUCCCAAUGUCAAAACGAAUCCCUGGGAUAGUCUCGGUGGAAAAGGACGACAUGGAAGAAGCAUAGACUUUACUGAAGUUUUUAAUGAUAUCGAAAUUGUGGAUUAUCCGCAUGAAAGACGUGCUAGAGAUAUUCAAAUCAGUGAUGGUCUGCCGAGGAAGCCUACGCAUCGCGAUGUGAUAAUUCCGAACUGGAAUCCUCAUGCUCGCACGAAGCCGUGGCAAUCGCUUGGAGGGGCUGGCCGUGGUCACUGAUACUUAUAGAGGAAGUGCUAUGAGUAAUUAAAUAUAAUAAAUGCAUAAUAUAUUUAUUUAACAAAUA